UGAAGAAAGCAAACUAUGAACACUGUCAAGUACUGUGCUAGCUCUGCCUAUGAUAAUGUCAACAAAGUCCGAGUCGCUAUCAAGAAAAUCAGUCCUUUUGAGCACCAGACCUACUGCCAGAGAACCCUGAGGGAGAUCAAAAUCCUGCUGCGCUUCAGACACGAGAACAUCAUCGGGAUCAAUGACAUCAUUCGAGCACCAACCAUCGAGCAGAUGAAGGAUGUAUACAUAGUACAGGACCUCAUGGAGACAGAUCUCUACAAGCUCUUGAAGACACAGCACCUCAGCAAUGACCAUAUCUGCUAUUUUCUCUACCAGAUCCUCAGAGGGCUUAAAUAUAUCCAUUCAGCUAACGUGCUGCACCGUGACCUCAAGCCUUCCAACCUGCUGCUCAACACCACCUGCGAUCUCAAGAUCUGUGACUUUGGUUUGGCCCGUGUUGCGGAUCCGGACCAUGACCACACAGGGUUCCUGACGGAGUACGUAGCCACGCGCUGGUACCGGGCUCCGGAAAUUAUGUUAAAUUCCAAGGGCUACACCAAGUCCAUUGACAUUUGGUCUGUAGGCUGCAUCCUGGCAGAGAUGCUCUCCAACAGGCCCAUCUUCCCGGGGAAGCACUAUCUCGACCAGCUGAACCACAUUCUGGGUAUUCUCGGAUCCCCGUCACAGGAAGACCUGAACUGUAUUAUAAAUUUAAAAGCUAGAAACUACUUGCUUUCUCUUCCACACAAAAAUAAGGUGCCGUGGAACAGGCUGUUCCCAAAUGCUGACUCCAAAGCUCUGGAUCUACUGGACAAGAUGCUGACAUUCAACCCCCACAAGAGGAUUGAAGUGGAGCAGGCUCUGGCCCACCCGUACCUGGAGCAGUACUAUGACCCAAGUGACGAGCCCAUCGCUGAAGCACCGUUCAAGUUUGACAUGGAGUUGGAUGAUUUGCCCAAGGAGAAGCUCAAAGAACUCAUUUUUGAGGAGACCGCUAGAUUCCAGCCAGGAUACAGAUCUUAAAUUUGUCAGGACGGGGGCUCCGAGGACCAGAUGUGCUCAGACUUCGGUGUUCUCCUCCCGGCUCCUGACCCCGGUCCUGUCUCCAGCCCGUCUCGGCCUGUCCACCUUGACUCCUUUGAGCCGUCGGAGGGGCAGUUUCUGGUAGUUGUGGCUUUUAUGCUUUCAAAGAAUUCCUUCAGUCCAGAGAACUGUUCCUGGCCCCUGUGCGUCGCCCCGGUGGCCGUGGCAGUCUGUACUCUUGAGUGCACCUGCUGCUUACCGCCGCUUCAGUCACUAACCAUUUUCUGGUUUGAACGAUGCAGUGGUCCUCCCCUCCUGAGUCCUCUGACCCCUCAGGCCCCUUGUCACUGUGCCCCGCUUUCCGGGCCCCAAGGCAGUGCCAGCCCCUCUGCACGUCUCCUCCCAGCCUGUCUGGUCUGGCAGGGGCUCGUGGGCACCCGGGGGCAGCUUCUCUUGUAUCAUGUUAGCCACUAGCAUAUGGAAGGUAUGUACUAUUUGCCCAGCUUUUAGAGAAUUCGACCCUUUUUCUAAAUCAAAGGGAGAAGUGCUGCUCCCCACAUUCCUGCUGCACCACUCAUAGAAGCUGGACACUUGCCAGAAUGUGUCCGUGCAGCACUGGGUGUUUGCAGGACUUACACAAAAAAAGAUUUAAAGUGGCAGCUUCCCUUGGGAUGCAGUGAGAGGUGUCCUGGGCUGUGGGAGGCUGCCUGCCUGCUGUCUGGGGCAGAAUUCUGCACCAGCGUCCUCACCCCCAAGCCGCCUUCACCAUAACCACACUCAUGCCUGAGGAUUUAGCGGAGAGGAACACUGCGUCUUUAAAUGAGAAAGUGUACAAUUCUUUUUCCUCCUACAGCAUGUCAGCAUCUCAAGUUCAUUUUCAACCUACGAUAUAGCAAUUGUAAUAAAGCCUUCGUGAGCUCAUGACAUGAAACCCUGUUCUGUAAUCCAGUGCUACCCGAGGUUCAUGGCACUGCCGGGCCAGGGCGUCAGGAGGAGCUAGCACUCAGGCGUGUUUGGAGCUCUAGCCGUGUUUUCCCAAUCUCUCUAAGUAUCUGUCCCUGCCGCGCACACGGUGCCGUUGGCUCGGUGUCUGUCCCUUGCGGUGCCUCCUUGCCUCCCCCACUGCUCUCUGUGGUGAGAAACCUGCCUUGUUCAGUAAUUACUGUGCCCUCGCAUGACUGUUACAGCUUCUGUGCGGAGAUGACUGUCCAAGUGCCACAUGCCUAUGAUUGAAACGAAACUCUGUUGUUACCUCUGAGUUGUGUUCCACGGAAAAUGCUAUCCAGCAGCUCACUUAGGAAAAAUAAUUCUAUUUUUAGCUUUUCAGUUCUCAGCUGUCCUUUUCUCUUGUUUGAUUUUGACAGCAAUGGAGAAUGGGUUAUAUAAAGACUGCCUGCUAAUAUGAACAGAAAUGCACUUGUAAUUCAUGAAAAUAAAUGUACAUCUUCUAUCUUCAUAUUCAUGUUAAGAUUCAGUGUUGAUUUCCUCUGGAUCAGCAGGUUCUGUUUGUGCUUAGGACAGAAACGCUCACUGGCCUCACUGUCCCGCCUGGGCACUGCCCAGACGCUGUGGUUUACAGGAGACGAUUUAGAAGGCAUUUCUGGAGGGUUCUUUCCCCCUUGGCACAGCGGAGGGUCAGUUCUGACAGGUUCCUUAACUCAUAUCCUGGGUCUGAACUGCUCUGUCCACUCUGUUGAAGCAGCCCGCACGUCUCAGGUUGGAUUCUCUGGUUCUUCCUAAAGAGGGGCUGCCUGUGUCCCAGCCGAGCACUGGGAAGGACGCCCCACACCCCCUGGCUGGGUCGGGGUGCUGCUGACUCAUCUCCAAAAAUCAGAUGCACAGCUAGACUCGUGCCCUAAAAUACACGGUUUUCACCUCCGAGCGCGGAGCUGCCCUGCAGAGGGCCCCGCAGCGUUGACAGGACAGAUACAUUGAAGAGUUAUUUUCAUUUUGAAAGGAACGUUGACAGUUUUGUUGCUCUCGUUUCUUUGUACUUUUUAAAAGGAAGGUUAGAGUUACUAGGAGAUUAACUGAGCCCUCUAACUAGAAAGCCAUAGCCUUGGCCACUAACACCUGGGGAGGGGGCUCUUCCCACCCCAGAGGUGACCUGCAGUCAGGGCGGCGUGAAGCCACUGGCCGUGCCCCACACCGCUGUGGCCGCGGUUGUGUGCUUUUCACUGGUCGUGCCAGACUUGGCUUCACAGAGCAGAGACUUGUCUUCACCCGGGUACCUGUGAGAGGCACAAGGUGUCACGUGCGGUAGGCCCUUCACUUGGAUCUUCCUGCACCCCUCGAAAUGGACAGAUUGGGUCGUCUGAAUUCACGGCGAUGAUCCUGAAGGCCUCCGUUACGGGUGUGCAGAGAGCUCAGACUGAUGGCUUUUGCGGUGUCUAAAAUGUAAGCAAAACUUCCCUGCCGAAGCAUUCCAGUCUUCCCGCUGAGUAUGAAACAAAGCGCCCGGCCAGCCAGUGGGGUGGACGGCUGUGCUGGCAGAGUCACGCCAACCCGGGCCCGUGGGUGGCGUGCGGUGUGCGGGGCGCUCACACAGCGCCCGCCGCUGCUGGCGCAGCGCUGGGCGUGCGGGGCGCACAUGCUUGUCGGCGGCCCUGAGUCAGGCGCACUGCCCGUGCCGUGCACCCGUCCCGGUCGCACCAUUCAGAGAAGACUGUCUUACCUUUAUUUGCUUCUGUGUUAAUACGAUUUUUAAAUUGGUAACUUUUAUAUAGUAUGGUAACAGUAUGUUAAUGCACACAUGCUUUGGGUCCUUCCAUAAUCCUUUUAUAUUUGUAAACCAAUGUUUUGGAGCAAUCCCAAGUUUAAGGGAAAUAUUUUUGUAACCGUAGUGGUUUUGAAAAUCUGAGGAGUCCUUUUGCUUAUACAGUUUUAAAGCGUCCAUGCUUUAAAAUCGCCGUGCUGGUGUUUGAAACACGGUGCCUCCAGAGUGCAGACGAGCAAGCGUGUCCCAGCAGAGUGAGGCCUGGUCUCACUGCGGCCCGGCCGCGUGCCAGGAGCAGCAGGGUCCGGAGGGGCUUCACCUGAAGGUCGCUGCCUGUUUUCCGAGCUGUUUAUCUGUGUAGAGCGCCCAGGCGAGUUCCGAAACGGCUUUGUCUCUGUUUUGUACGGUCGGUGCCUUGUCGGUAUCGUAGCCUAGGACUCUGAAUAGGCUAUCCAGUACAGUGGUCAGGUGAAAAAUGUUAAAGGAAGAUUUUAUGAAGAAUCUGAAUGUUUAUUCAUUAUAUUGUUACAACUUAACAUUUGUUUGUGGCAUUUGUGAUUUGGUUAAUCUGUAUAAAAAUUGUAAGUAGAAAGGUUUAUAUUUCAUCUAAAUUCUUUUGAUGUUGUAAACGUACUUUUUAAAAGAUGGAUUAUUUGAAUGUUUAUGGCACCUGACUUGUUAAAAACAACUUACAAAAAAAUUAGAAUCAUUAAAUUGCGUCCCUGUGUUACCAAAAUGACAUAAUACUGUGCAUGUAUAGUUGAAUUGGAAUUUCACACGUGAAAAUAUGAAAUCAACUUUCCCCAGUAA